GAUACGCCCCCUGCGCUAAAUGAUCUGCGUGGCGGUUGGCGGUCGCCAGCGUCAGUGAGCAUGGAGGAGUCCGCAGCUGGGCUGGAUGACGGUGCAUCGUCAGAAAACGGACAAACUCGUCAGCUCUUGGAAGAACUCGCUGCCGACUACAGCCAGUUCUUUAGGGUGGACAUAUGCAACGACAAGCGCAUAUUAGACGAAGGCAUCGAUGAGCUGCUGGCGCGGCUCGACGAGUUCACGGGCCUCAUCAAUAUGGUACGCAGCGACGACACCUUGUGUUUGACACACACGCUUCCGGACAUCUGCGAGAAAAGCAAAGGUUUGGAACAGGUGUACGACCGAAUCGACGCGCUGGAGAAGUUCGUUGGUGUGGUUCGCGAAAGUGUGGACGCGAUGGAGGAGAAGGUUACGGAAGCUGAGAACGCCUUCGGUGGCAGUACCGUCAAAAAGUUCCUCUCAAGUCUUCCUUCUCCGUUGUUUGCCAAGAAACCCGCUCCGCAGUACAAGAAGCAACUGCGCUACGAAGAACCGGAUAUAUUUCGCUGUUCGGACUAUCUAUCGACCGUCUCGGCGGAUGACCCGUUACCGACGAGCGUGUCAAAUUUCUCUCUCGAUACCUCUGCGAGUGACCGCAGCGUUGAAGAUGACAGGACACCACUGAGUCCAGUCGACUAGCUACAAGAACAAAUUUCGCCAGGCACGGGAUGCGUUCAUGCCACACCACGCAGAAACCAUGUUGCGUUCAAUAGCAUUUAGGCUACAUGUAUACUUGAGUGCACGAUAAAUGCGUGACGUGUCGAGAUGAAGUUAUUGAAGUGUUGUGUCUAAUGGACAAGUACAAAUGAGAAAAUAUUAAACCGUGUUAGCCAGA